AUGCUUUUGAAUUCUACUCUUCGUUUGGGCUACCUUGAGGGCAGCAAGCUGAAUGAUGAUCCCAAGCUCCAAUCCACGUUGAAGUUGGAAGAAAGAAGGCCGAGCACACGGGGUAGCACCAGCAACAAGAGUCCAGCGCAAACAAGGCGUAGAAACUCAAAGGAACGAUCUUUGUCUCAGGAUCCUUCACGACGGAGGCUUGAGGAUCGAGAUCGCCCUUCCCUCUCCAGGGAAGGCUCGAAGUCCAAAGAAAACUGGCAAUCGCUAGAGUGGACUCAUGUGCCACAGAAGGAGGUCCAGAGAGAUGGUCCUGUAGUGUAUUCAGUCAGCACUCCGGCUGCCACUGGCCCCAGAAUCCAUCAACCUCAUUUGGUUCGCACGACACGGAUUGAACCAAACGCAGCGUAUUCCAAGAAGCGCCCACCAAUCCCUCCAAAAAAGGAGCAGAGAGAGCAGAUCACGGUGACCGAAAAGGAUUUGCUUAGAUGUGGCAGUGACCUCAAGAAACUACGAGAAUGCCAAAUCAUCCAACAGGAGAUGCCUGAACGAACCUUGCCAGCACCUUUGCCACCUCCACCUCCCUUGGACCUCUCCUUCAAGAGCAAGUUUGCACAAGACUGCCGUGAAGGUGCAGACACCCGCGACCCUUGGAAGGACUUGAAACAUCCAGAUGAGGAUCGCGUGCUGACAGUGGAAGAUUUAGUGCUCAACCAGGCAAGUUCUGCUGACCUGGCACGGCGGACCUAUGCAGAUGGAGAAGGGCAGAGACCCCUGAAGCGAAGCGAGCUGCAAGGGCAUUCCUCAAAGGUGCCCACAAGCGAGGAGAAAUUCGAUCAGCAGUCGCCUCAGAGAGAAGUGCAGCUGUACCAGAGGGAAGCUGGUUCUCGAUUAGAAGCGGCCUUCCGAUCUGGGCGAAGCAGCGUGCCACUGGCUGGUCUCCAACCGGAGCUUGAUGGGGCCAUCGUAACUGCAUACAGCUGGAACCUCAGAUGUCAGAUUUACUUCAAUGCCAGCUAUGAGAUGUCCAUCGAAGUUGUAGGCCCACCACAGGGAGAGAAACAUUGGCGAUUUGCUCGCGGUGGUGAUUUGACAGAAGAGAGGCGAGAUGGCCGUGAAAGCAACAUGCGAGGCAUACGAGGAGCAUAG